AUGGGGCGGGUUCCGCCCUCGGGUUUUGAAAAAGCUAGAAGUCUGGAGGCGGUGAGGAGCCUCGCUGUUUCCUUGGAUAGCUUGCCUGCGAGCGCCGUGUUGAUCAAGGCCAGCAGGUGUUCAGCCACGUCGGGGUGGCGGGUGGCUGCGUUUCUCACGUGUUCGAAUGUCAUUCCACUGGGACCUGCCCCUACUCCGUUCUUGCAUGUCGCGAGAAUUCGCCGCAAGUCCCUCAGCGUGAUUGCUGGCGCAGAGGGGAUGGAGUGGGUGUCGAGCCAUUGGGGUGGUUCUGUUGUGCUCAGGGGGUGGCGCAGGCGUAGGGCCUUGAGAAUUUCAGGUGAGUUGGGGCUCACAGGUGUACUUUCCAGGGCCUUGGCCAGGCUUCCCUUUUUCGCCAACCCCGCCGCCCUCGCCAGUUUCCCCGCGUCAUCAGGUGCGUGUCUGGGUCCAGCUGGCAUCACGUGGCUAGGACAUCACAGCACCAUCAAGCUCUGGUCGCUGCCUCCUCUAUCCGCCCCAUUUAAUCCCACUCUCUCCUGCCUUUCCCUCUCUCCCCCCUCCCCUCCCUCUGCCCUGCCCUCUCCCCCCACCACAGCUGGCAUCAGGCGGCUGGGACAGCUCCAUCAAGCUCUGCUGGCAUCAGGCGGCUGGGACAGCUCCAUCAAGCUCUGCUGGCAUCAGGCGGCUGGGACAGCUCCAUCAAGCUCUGGCGGCUGGGACAGCACCAUCAAGCUCUGGUCGCUGCCCAAGCUGGGAGCCAAUGCAGGAAGGCGGGGAGGGGGAGGGGGGGGAGGAGGGGACGGAAGCGCAGGUGGCGAUGGGAGUGGGGGAAUGGGGGAGGACGCGGGAGGAGAGGGGGAGGAGGAGGGGGGGGAAGCGGGAGGGGUGGAGGGAGUGGGGCAAGCACGGAAGCGAGUGCGGACGGCUGCAGGGGCAGUUGAGGCAGAGGGCUUGGAGCUAACCCCGGACUGGACCUCUCUUCAGAAGCGCACACAAAAUGCGAGGCGGGCGUGGCAUGGCUUGCUCUGUGCAACUCUGCUUCCCCUCACUCCAUUUUGUUGCCUCUCUCCCUCUCUCCCUUCCCCUCUCUCCAUUCGCCUCGGGCCUCACCCCAAAGGCGCACACGUGCUCACCCCAGACCUCUCCCUAGACGCGCACACGCAGUGCGUGGCGGGCGUGGCAUGGCCGGCGCAGGGCUCCUCGCUCUUCUCCGUCUCAUGGGACCACUCGCUGCGCGCAUGGGACGUGGACGCUGCUUCUGCUGUGUCUGUUCGGGUGCGUGGUGUGCGUGGUCUGUGGGGUGGGGGGGUUACCUGGGCUGCUGCUGCAGUGACUGUGCAGACAAGCGCGCAUCCGCUGCUGGUGGUGGCAGCAGGGGGGGGCGGGAUGGCGUCGCUGGUGGCAGUGGGGGGCGCGCACCCCACCAUGCUGCUCUGGGACAUGCGCGCUGCCACGGAGGAGGGAGGAGGGAGGAGGGAGGAGGGAGGAGGGAGGAGGGAGGAGGGAGGAGGGAGGAGGGAGGAGGGAGGAGGGAGGAGGGAGGAGGGAGGAGGGAGGAGGGAGGAGGGAGGAGGGAGGAGGGAGGAGGGAGGAGGGAGGAGGGAGGAGGGAGGAGGGAGGAGGGAGGAGGGAGGAGGGAGGAGGGAGGAGGGAGGAGGGAGGAGGGAGGAGGGAGGAGGGAGGAGGGAGGAGGGAGGAGGGAGGAGGGAGGAGGGAGGAGGGAGGAGGGAGGAGGGAGGAGGGAGGAGGGAGGAGGGAGGAGGGAGGAGGGAGGAGGGAGGAGGGAGGAGGGAGGAGGGAGGAGGGAGGAGGGAGGAGGGAGGAGGGAGGAGGGAGGAGGGAGGAGGGAGGAGGGAGGAGGGAGGAGGGAGGAGGGAGGAGGGAGGAGGGAGGAGGGAGGAGGGAGGAGGGAGGAGGGAGGAGGGAGGAGGGAGGAGGGAGGAGGGAGGAGGGAGGAGGGAGGAGGGAGGAGGGAGGAGGGAGGAGGAGGAGGAGGAGGGAGGAGGGAGGAGGGAGGAGGGAUGGUUGUCGUGGGAACAUGUGCUCUUUCCCCACCGUGCUCUCUCCAUCGAUCCAGCUGCUGGGUCACACGGAUUGGAUCUCCUCCCUCGCAUGGUAACGUGUGGUUAG